AUGGAGGAUGAUUUGAUUUUGAACUUUGCCAGCGAGCCGCCCGCUAAACGGCAGAAAGUGAAGGUGACCGGCGGCAAAUGGAAAGACCGGCGUAAGUCCCAGCUCGUCAGCGAGGGUCGCGGCCGCAGCGAGAAGAAAGACAAGAACAGUGUCAACCAGAUAAAGCUUGGUGAGAGAAAGAAACAGAACACAGAAGAGUCUGUUGAUAAGGAAGACAGACCGCGCAAGCAGGCCUUUCCCGAAGGUCGUGGUGAGGGCGGUAAAAACAACACGUAUGUGUCGUCGCUGUUCACGCAAAAUCCAGAAAUCCAGGACAGACCGGUGCAGGAAUUUGACGUUCUUUCUCCGUCCAACGCUCCAAUAGACACCUCUUCGUUUGCGGGACUGGGAAUCAACGCCAACUUGGCGUCCCAUCUGUCCAACAAGCGGCUUCAGAACCCAACAAAGAUCCAGCAGCAGGUGAUUCCGCGUCUUUUAACAGGCUCUAACGACCUGUUUGUCCAGGCCCAAACAGGUUCUGGUAAGACUUUGGCGUUUGCAUUGCCUAUUUUCCAGAAACUCAUGGAAAUCCCCGACUUGGACCGGACGUCUGGUCUGUUUGCGCUGGUUCUGGCCCCAACAAGAGAACUGGCUACCCAGAUCUACUCCGUUUUCGAGUCUCUGAGUCAUUGCGACCACAGAAUCGUUGCCGGAAACGUUAUUGGUGGUGAGAAAAAGAAGUCUGAAAAAGCACGGUUGCGUAAAGGUGUCAACGUCCUCGUUGCCACACCAGGAAGACUGGUCGACCAUAUUGAACACACCCAAAACCUGAAUCUCUCGCAGAUCAGGUACGUUGUUCUGGACGAAGGUGACAGACUUAUGGAGCUUGGUUUUGAGGAAAGUAUCGCCAAAAUUCUAUCGGCUGUGUCUUCGUCUGCUGCUCCGAGCAAGUACCAGUCGCUGCCGGCUAAAAGAAUCAACAUUUUGUGUUCUGCCACCAUCAAGCCAAAUGUGAAAAAACUGGGUGAAAUCUCGCUAGAAAAGGCCGAACUCGUGACAACAAGUGAACAGGUCACUAAAGUGCCCGACCAGCUGUUGCAACAGGUGGUUGUUGUGCCACCAAAGUUGAGAUUUGUCACAUUGGCAGGCACCCUUAAAAACCUAAUCAAGGACCAGACUGCCUCUAAAACCAUUGUGUUUUUCUCGUGUUCCGGUUCGGUCGACUUCCAUUUCAUCGCUCUCACGAGAAAAACGUCUUCGGAGGACACGACAGGCUCGCUUUUCGGCUCAACCAUCUUCAAAUUGCACGGCUCGCUUUCGCAACAAACUAGAACGUCCACGCUCAAGGAUUUCACCAACUGUUCCACCAACGCCAUUCUUCUUUGUACAGACGUUGCCUCGAGAGGUCUGGACUUGCCGCACAUCAACAACGUGGUUGAGUUCGACCCUCCUUUUGCUCUUGAAGACCAUCUCCACAGAGUGGGAAGAACGGCCAGAGCAGGUUCGCAAGGUAACUCUGUGCUAUUCCUGCUACCGGGAGACGAGGAGAACUACCUGAAACUGGUGGAGCCUCUGCAUCCAGGAGGAGUCCAGUUCAAGAAGUAUGAAGCCGUUCUCAAGGAAGCGUUCGAAAAAGCCGGCGAGAAAGGCGGGUCCUGGGACACUCAGGCAACCACUUUCCAUCUGGAGUUGGAACGGUGGCUGUUGGAGGAACCUCGGGCCAAGGAGAUUGCUGGAAACGGGUUCAUGAGCCAUAUCAAGGCAUAUGCCACCCAUUUGGCAGCCGAAAGAGAAUGCUUCAACGUCAAAAAGAUCCAUCUGGGACAUCUUGCGAAAUCGUUUGGACUGAGAGAAACUCCAAAGAAGCUCGCCAGUGGUGGAGAGCGCAAAAAGAAAGAGGACGGAAGAUCCAAGAUGUUGCGUAUGGCCAAAAUGCAUCUCCAGUCGCAAAGCGAGGAGUUCAACACUUUUGCUUGA